AUGGCUUCAUCCGUUGCUUCUACCAAAACCAAGAUCCUCAAGUCAACGUUCCUCGUUGGGUGCCUCUUAGCCUCAUUCCUCUAUCCAAUCAAGGCUCAUGGAGGAGACAAUGGUUCGGACGAUGAAUCUAACAACGUAGAUUUGCAUGCCAAGGGUCUAAUCUUGGUAAAAAUAUGGUGUUUGAUCAUCAUGUUGGUGAGUACUUUCUUGGGAGGGGUAUCUCCCUAUUUCUACCGUUGGAACGAGGCCUUUCUCCUAAUGGGGACUCAAUUCGCUGGUGGGGUUUUCCUUGGAACCUCUUUGAUGCAUUUCUUGAGUGAUUCAACUGAGACCUUUGGAGAACUCACCACAAAAACUUAUCCUUUCUCCUUCAUGUUGGCUUCAUUCGGGUACCUUCUCACCAUGUUUGGUGACUGCGUAGUGAUUUUUGUCACAAGUAAUAGUGAGAAGAAAGCCAAAGUGGUGGAAAAUGAAGGAGGGACAACACCCCAAGAUCAAGAACAUGCUGCUCAUUUGGCAAUGGCUGCAGUCAACCCUGCAUUUGUCAAGACUUCUUCUUUGGGAGACUCCAUUCUACUCAUCCUUGCACUGUGUUUCCAUUCGGUUUUUGAGGGCAUUGCCGUUGGAGUUUCAGGUACUAAGGCAGAAGCAUGGAGGAACUUAUGGACAAUAUCAUUGCACAAGAUAUUUGCUGCGGCCGCAAUGGGAAUUGCUUUGCUUAGGAUGUUACCUAAGAGACCCUUCGUAACAACUGCAGCAUAUUCUUUGGCCUUUGCUGUUUCAAGCCCCAUUGGAGUGGGGAUUGGCAUUGCCAUAGACGCCACCACACAAGGACAUACCGCAGAUUGGAUGUAUGCUAUAUCUAUGGGUAUUGCUUGUGGGGUUUUCGUUUAUGUUUCCAUCAAUCAUUUGAUAUCCAAAGGCUUCAAACCGCAGAGUGCGACCCGUUUUGACUCUCCCUGGUUCAAGUUUCUCGCUGUGCUUUUUGGUGUAGCUGUUAUAGCGGUUGUCAUGAUCUGGGAUUGA